CCGUGGGAGGGACACGCGAAGGAGAGGCGGGGGCUCUCUCGCAGCACUGGCGAGGCACCCGUGGAAUUUGGGGGGGCACUCUGGGGGCGCCGGAGGGGUCGGGGAUGGGCGUCCGAGGGGCAGGUGAGACCCGUGGGACACAGGUAAGACCCGGGCCCCAUCGCUGCUGCCCCUGGAGCCCCCCGGGGCAGGGAGGAAGGGGGAGAGGGCAGAUCCCGACGCGGUUCCACCUUAACGUCCCGUCCGGGUGCGGGACCCCGGCUGCCCCUUGUGCCCCCUCCCCCGGUUUCUUUUUCCUUCCUUAGGCUUUUUUUGGGUCCCCCCCCGGGUGCGGGGGGGGGCUGCUGCGCCCGGGGAUAAAUCAUUCCCGCUCCUCCGUGCCCGGUGAAGGCUUCGUCCGGGAACGGGGAGUCUCCUCCCAGCCGGAGACAAUGAUGCUAAAAACGAAAAGGAAAACAACAAAAAAAACCCCAUCACGACAACAUCGAAUAAACCCAAAAACCCUCCUCCUUUGCACUCCUCUGGAUAAGGAAAUUCCUGCCCAUCGGAAUUGUCCUCGGGGGAUGGAUAAAUAGCUGGGAACCGGGCACAGCUGGGGGAGUGAGGGAGUGGGUGGUUGGGUGGUCGUGGCCAGGGUAGAGGCUUCAUUUCCACGGUGGGUGGGUUGUUGAGUGGACAGAGGUCACCCAAGGGGCUGGGGGGGCUGCGGGGGGUCCCACCAUGGCCCUCAGCCAGCUGAAGUUCAAGGAGCUGGGCGAGGAGGAGCCCACCUGGGAGGAGGAGAACCUGGACAGUGUGAAGGCUCUGACGGCCAAGCUGAAGCUGCAGACCCGGAGACCCUCGUACCUGGAGUGGGAGGCCCGGGUGAGGGGGCAGCGCUGGGGCACCUCGGGGGGGGCCCGGGGGGCUGAGCAGGGCCCUGGGCACCCCGAGGACCAGCUGGGUGGUGGCGUCUGUGGCUUUGCCACCAUGGAGGCGGCUCUGGAGUGGCUGAGGACGGAGCUGAGGGAGAUGCAGGCUGUGGACCAGCGCCUGGCACAGCAGCUGAUGCGCCUGCGGGCGCGGCUGCACCGGCUGAAGGUGGAGCAGGCCUGUCACCAGCACAAGGAGAUGCUGGACGACGCCACCUUUGGCCUCGAGGGCUGCGAGGAAGACUCGGAUCUGCUCUGCAACAUCCCCCCCAAGGCCGCCUUCCUGCUCUCCACGCCCCUCAAGCACAUCGGGGUCACCCGCAUGAACAUCAACUCCCGCCGCUUCUCCCUCUGCUGAUCCCCCCCGGGGGCCGGGUGGGAGCCCCGCAGGCACCCACGGGUGCAUCUGGACCUGGCAGGGCUCGAGGAUCACUCCCAAAAUCCCUCGGGACUCGGGGCAGGCGGAGCUGAGCCGUGGUGCUGCCAGCCCUGCUCCAGGGGCAGUGCCAUGGGAAGUGCCACCACCCCCAUGGGGCACAGGGCGUUCUGGGGGCCUGUUCCCAGGGACAGUGGGGUCAGGCACGGUGGAAAAUGUUGGGAGCAGCCCUUCGAGGCGGAAUAAAAGGAGGUGAAGGUGAGAGCUGAUGUUUUUUCCUGUAUUUUCA